UCCAUAAAACCAUCGACUGGUGUGGUUCCGCAUUUUUCGUCCAGCACGAUCGGGCUCGGUACCGUCGUUCCGUUCGAUUGAUCGUGCUUUCUUUUGUUUUGCCUAAAAAAUGUGCUGUUUCGUUUUUCUUUUGUGUGGCGAGAAAAAGUGAAUGUUUGGAAAAAAAGCAGGAGUUGACGAUUGGCGCAACUUGUGCGAAAAAAGGCUCAAAAGUGUUGAUAACCGUAACAGAUGGAAACAGGCGGUCUAGCAAAGGAAAACGCACAUCCAAGUAUAUAAAAGUGUUAGCGAUCGUUACGGAUAAAAGGCGAUCCCCCCAUCCACUGUGCGACCUUUCCGAUUUUGCAAUGAUCGGAAGGCUAGUGACAUAAGUUUAUAUCUCAAAAAAAAUAGCGUGGAAAUCCCAGCAGGAAAGUACUGGCCAAACAGGCUCAGGCAGGUGAUCAUUAUCACGUUUUCCAACCGCCAAUACGGGAAGGAAAAUCGUUUCAACAAACAAAAGCUAACCAAAAACCGAACGCAGCGAAUAGCAAACAGCCUGCCCUAAAGCGGUCUAUACGCGCCAAAGUAAAGUGUUACUUAACGCGCCCCAAGAUCAUCAUCUGCUGGUUUGGGAAGCACGUGGAAGUGUACGCGGAUCGGAACGGACCCCAUCGGUGGUUAAUUUUUCAACGAGCAAUUGCGUGCCAGCAAGCAAAAUAAAAAUAAAAUGUAACCAGCGUAAGGAAAGCAGAAAAAGUGAGAUAAGCGAAAGUGUACGAAUAUUGUGUGGGCAUAAGUGUACUACUACCAUCAUCGAUUGCAUGUGUGGCGUCAUACGGUGCGUUCGGAUACGCAUCGAAACCGUACCGGAGUAAUCAAUAUCAAAGAAAAGUAGAAGAAUCACGCAAACCCGGGGCAUGUUAAAACCGUUAGUGCAAUCCAAAAUGCAGCAACUUCCGUUCGCAUCGAUUGGAUUGGUUUUCAUUUUGCUCGCGGCGUUCCAGAGCAUUACGGAAGCUCAGAAGCAGGAAACCAAAAAUGUCUUCAACACUAGUUCGUGUCUGGAAAAGCCUUACCGUUGUCCACAUCCACGGAUCAAGUUCUAUCUGUACACACGCCGAACCCAGCAGAAUCCGGAGCUGAUCGAUGUGCUGGAUCCGGAAUCGCUCUACUACACGCACUGGAAUCCAUCUCAUCCGGUUAAGAUCGUUAUACAUGGGUUCGGUGGUGGUCGUAACCUAUCGCCCAGUCCAGACAUGCGUAAGGCAUACUUCACUCGGGGGAACUACAACAUCAUCAUCGUGGACUAUGGAUCUGCUGUGACGGAACCGUGCCUGAGCCAGAUCGAAUGGGCUCCACGCUUUGGAAGUCUCUGUGUGUCACAGCUGGUUAAGUAUAUCGCACAUCAUCCACGAGGAGUUCCACCGGACGAUAUGCAUCUGAUCGGGUACAGUGUUGGUGCACACAUUGCUGGCCUAGUGGCGAACUAUCUUACACCUAGUGAAGGGAAACUCGGUCGUAUUACCGGUCUUGAUCCAACGAUCUUCUUUUACGCGGGAUCGAAUAAUACACGAGAUUUAGACCCAUCCGAUGCACACUUCGUUGACAUCAUACACACCGGAGCGGGUAUUCUUGGCCAAUGGAGUCCGGGAGGGCAUGCAGAUUUCUACGUCAAUGGAGGCACUAGUCAACCGGGUUGUGCCAGUUCCACCAUCUUUCAAACGCUUGCAUGUGAUCAUACAAAAGUGACGCCAUACUUUAUCGAAUCGAUCAACAGUGAACGAGGGUUUUGGGCGGGACCUUGUCCAACGCUUAUAUCCUAUCUGCUCGGUUGGUGUGAACCAAAAGACUCGGAUUACGUCCUUAUGGGAGAACACCUCUCUAGACAAGCUCGAGGUGUAUUCUAUGUAACGACCAAUGCCAAACCUCCGUAUGCACGUGGAUUUCCGGGCAAAAACCGACGUACGGCCAAAACAUCCGACUACAGUGGCGUUCGACGGAAGUGAAGCAGACACCAACAGCAAACAACUAAUGGUUAACCAUUCGUCAAAAGCUUACUGGUUGUGAUAUAUAUAGCGUGCGGCAGAUAAGGGUUUACGUGACCAUAUGCCAUUCCCGAAGCAGCUGCCAACAAAAUGGAUCGUUUCAGCACAAAGUUUAAAAGAGCGUUCAUGACGUCGUCAUCCUAAUGAAUUUCAUUGAAGGAAAAUUUAAUUUUCUCAACCACAAAGAAUUGAAGAAGCAAAAUCAUCAUCGACAGCUAAUUAAGCAGCACCAGAGGGUAGUAUUAGUAGCGUGUAGAAGUUAGGAAUCGUAGCUUUAGGUAGGGAUUAGAUAUACACGAUCGUCGCCAUUCUACAGCGACUUGGUCGGAAAACAAGGCGAUAGAUGCAAUCGUUAACCUUCGCGAGAGUAGAACGAAUUUCGUUGAUCCAACCGAUUAGCUACGCAACAGAGGUGGUAACGAAUUACUAGCCUCAUCAAACGAUGGCAACGUUGGUCAAGAAUCUACGCUUCUAUGCAAUACGUCAAAGAAAAUCGACCUAAGGUUUAGCGUAAGCGUAGACUGUACAUAGAUAGGCUCACGGGAAGGCUAGCGAACUCCAAGCUAAGGGAUCAUUUAUCGGGUAAAGUACAUUCGGAUAAAGGGAAAACUCGGCACACAGUUGAGUGUAACGAGGAGACAAAUAAAGCACUGCCACAGUUCGGGGUUGAUUCAUUUCAACAGUUUAAA